UGCGCGCGCGCGGGGCAGGCGGCAGCGUGGGUAGCCCGCGCAGCCCUCAGCGGCCAAGAUGGACGACGAGGAGGAGACGUACCGGCUGUGGAAGAUCCGCAAGACCAUCAUGCAGCUGUGCCACGACCGCGGGUACCUGGUGACCCAGGACGAGCUGGAUCAGACGCUGGAGGAGUUCAAGGCGCAGUUCGGGGACAAACCCAGCGAGGGCCGCCCCCGUCGCACCGACCUGACCGUGCUGGUGGCUCACAACGAUGAUCCCACGGACCAGAUGUUCGUGUUCUUCCCCGAGGAGCCCAAGGUGGGUAUCAAGACCAUCAAGAUGUACUGCCAGCGCAUGCAGGAGGAGAACAUCACCCGGGCACUGAUCGUGGUGCAGCAGGGAAUGACCCCCUCGGCCAAGCAGUCCCUGGUUGACAUGGCUCCCAAGUACAUCCUGGAGCAGUUCCUGCAGCAGGAGCUUCUCAUCAACAUCACAGAGCAUGAGCUGGUACCAGAGCACGUGGUUAUGACAAAGGAGGAGGUGACAGAGCUGCUGGCCCGAUACAAGCUGAGGGAGAACCAGCUCCCCAGGAUCCAGGCUGGGGACCCUGUGGCCCGGUACUUUGGGAUAAAGCGUGGCCAGGUAGUGAAGAUCAUCAGGCCCAGCGAGACAGCGGGCAGGUACAUCACCUACAGACUGGUGCAGUGACACAGUGGGUGUGAGGAGCUGGCUGGCUCCCACCAGCAGUUCACGGGCUCUUGGAGAUUCCUGCACUUCAGAGAUGGCCAAGGAAUUCCAAGGAAAUUCCCACAUUGCCUCUCUGCAGCCCCAUCCCUGGGCCUCAUUCCUUGUCUUCCAGCUUGGACUUUGUGGUGAUCCCUCAGUCCCAUCCAGGACUCAGCCAUGGGAGAAAACGAGUGGGAAAGCCUUUUGCUUCCCUGUUUUCUGUGCUCCUGUUUGAAAUAAAGGUUUGUACCCUCA